AAGUGUUUCCAUCUUUAUCAUGCAGUCCCUCUUGGCUCCAUUCAAGAGCUUCCUGCUGAAUCGUGCAGUGAGAUCAAGGCCAGUGAAGGAAAUGAGAUGGUUAACGGAGAUUACUGGAUAUACUCUGAUGGGAAUGAUCAGACAAUCCUGGCUCGCUGUGAAGAGAACUGGCACAAGAUAAACACAGAUCCUGUUUGCUUUGGAGCACGAGAUAACCAGCAUGGUGCCUUUGACAUCACAAAGAGUGGACUCCUCAAGACAAUGAAGCUCGUCCACAAGUCGGGUUCGAUCAAAUGCUUCCCAAAUAGCAAAUCCUACUGGGGCUGCAGAAACAAGCUAGCGUAUGGCAAAAACGGCCUACUGACUAUCAUUACCAAUGCAAAGAAAGAAGCCAUUCUGCCACCUGCUGGAGACUUGAAAGCAAACGCUGAAUGUAACAACAAAAAAUUGUUUUACAGGCUUAAUGGAACUACCCACACAUCUCCAGAGCUCGUUUUCGGCGAUCUUCCUAAUAAGGUGUCAGUGUCACGCAAUCAGGUGUUGCAGAUAUGGUACGGACAGGAUUGGAUCGAUUGUAGAGAACGCAACAACAACGGAAUAACAUGUGUUGAUGUGUAUGCGUGGUACGCUUAAAAUCACAUUAGUCUCUGACUUAUCUGGAACAGAUAAGGUAUUAAAAUGACGUAAGUUUAAUUUCAAGGAAGGCUCUCAAAAUAUUAACGUAAUCACGGUUCAUAUUUAUCUUCUCUUGUAUUAAAUCUUGUGACUGUGAAAAAACUCAGGAAGAGAUUCACUGAAUGAAAUUGUCAGUUUAGUAGAAAUGUUGAAGUAGCGUCACGCAUUUAGCAAAGCGUCUUUAAAUGUGCUGCCAUUUUUCCUAAUUUUUUUUUUUUUUAUUGCUGGUUCAUAAUAGUAAUUAACAUCCAGGCUGUCAUGAAAAGUUUGUACUCUUGACAACUUCUUAAAAAAAAGUAUUAUCCAAACUACAUGUAUGACACAUAAAUUAUAAAUAGCUAUAUUAUCAUAUAUAGCCCAUAUAUAGCCCGUACGGGCCUGCACGCAAUUUUCUUGGAAAGUCAUAAGAAUAAAGGUCCCGUAUGAGGGCCGUACGAGUCGAAGUGAUAGGGCCGGAAAAACACGUACCGCUCUACUAGAAAUGCGUACGGCCCCACAAGCAACGCGUUCGGCAAAAUCGAUACAAGUUAAUAACAAAAACAAUUUUUUUUGCUGUAAAAAUGAAUGAUGAAAGUCAACAUUUCUGAAACAUUCCGAGAACAAAUUUUGCUAUCCAGGCGAACAGUCCGAUGCAAAACUACUUCGGUCGCCAACUCACUGCGAAGGCACAGAAAGAAAGUCAACACUCUUCAUAAAUGAAGAAGUUCACAACUUUCUCAGAAGCCAACAACAAGCAAACAGGCGGUCAAGAAAACAACUUUUUCUGGAUGAACUGCCCGACAAUUGACCUUUGUAAUAAGCAAACAGACUCU